AUGUUAGCAGUGAAUAAUACCUGUUCGCCCACCUGUGUGCCGCCCACAGUGUCACGGUUCUCCAGCCCCAGACUGACGCCGCGGCUGAGCAGGAAGAGGGCGCUGUCCAUCUCCCCACUGUCCGAUGCCAGCAUCGACCUCCAGACGAUGAUCCGCACCUCGCCCAACUCCCUGGUGGCGUACAUCAAUAACUCGCGCUCGAGCUCGGCCGCCAGCAGCUCCUACGGACACCUGUCGGUCGGAGGGCUCAGGUAUCUGCAUGCACACCAGCCAUCCUUCCCCUUCCCUCACCACAUCAACCCCAUGGCCUACCAGCAGCUCCUCUCCCAGCAGCGAGGCCUCAGCGCCUGCCACACUCCGCCCCUCAUCCAACCUCCACCCACCUUCUCAAGCCGCCAGGGGGCCCUCGGCCUCUCCUCGCUGCCCGCCUCCACCCAUAAUAGUGACCUGACAUCCAAGAACCACGGAGGUGACUCAGCCGUCAGCAGCACAGUUGACCCCAUGAACACCAAAAGGUCAAAGGUCAAGGCUGAAGCAGAAGGACUGAGACCAUCAUCUCCCUGUUCACCGAACCAUCACAGCAGCUUGUUGGACCUGAAGGAUGACGUGGAUCGGGACGACUGUAAGCAGGAGCCUGAGGCUGUUUACGAAACCAACUGCCACUGGGAGGGCUGCAGCAAAGAGUAUGACACGCAGGACCAGCUGGUCCACCACAUCAAUAACGACCACAUCCACGGAGAGAAGAAGGAGUUCGUGUGCCGCUGGGAGGACUGUUCACGGGAGCAGAAACCCUUCAAAGCUCAGUACAUGUUGGUGGUUCACAUGCGGCGACACACGGGGGAGAAACCACACAAGUGCACGUUCGAGGGCUGCUCUAAGGCUUACUCCAGGCUGGAGAAUCUGAAAACCCACCUGCGCUCGCACACUGGUGAGAAACCCUACGUCUGCGAGCACGAAGGAUGCAACAAAGCCUUCUCCAACGCCUCGGACCGCGCCAAGCACCAGAACCGGACGCACUCCAAUGAGAAACCCUACGUCUGUAAGAUCCCCGGCUGCACCAAGCGCUACACAGAUCCCAGCUCUCUCAGGAAGCAUGUGAAGACAGUACACGGCCCCGAGGCCCACGUCACUAAGAAGCAGCGCAGUGACCUGCCGCCCAGGCAGCCGCCACCCAGGGAGAACGGCGAGAAUGAGACGGGUCCCAGAGAGCGAAUCCACAGGGAGGACAAGAUAUUGGACAACAGCUCCCCUAGAGGUGUGGAGGACUACCUGCAGGUCAAAUCCAUCAAGACAGAAACCUCUGUGAUGUAUCAGUCCAGCCCUGGCGGUCAGUCAUCAUGUAGCAGCGAACCAUCACCACUUGGCAGUGCCACCAACAAUGACAGUGGAGUAGAGAUGGCGGUGCACAGUGGGGGGAGCCUGGGGGACCUCAGCACCCUGGACGACCUGCCGUUUGUGGAGUCCUUGGGCUUUGAAGAUUCCACCGGUGGGGUCGCAGCAGUCAGUCUCCACUUCAGAAAGCAGCUCAGCACCAGCCAUCGCUUGGAGCAUCUCAAGAAGGAGAAGCUGAAGACAGUGAGGGACUCCUGUCGGUGGACCAAGAACCUAACACCACCCCCGGUCCUUGGCACCAAGCUCCCACCCAUUCCAGCAAGGGGGUCCCCCCUGGACCAAAAUAUGGGUGGUGGUCCGGCGUCCUUCCCUGGUUCUGGCUUCGGUGAGCUGAGCUCUGGUAAAACGACUCUGCUGGAAACUAUCACAGAGAGACGUGACAGCACUUCCAGCACCCUGAGCUCAGUCUACACCCUCAGCCGCCGUUCCUCAGGCAUCUCCCCUUGUUUCUCCAGUCGGCGCUCCAGCCAGGCCUCGCAGUUUGGUGCCAACCGCCCCAGCAACGUCAGCUCUGCGGACUCCUACGACCCCAUUUCUGCUGACAUCUCACGGCGCUCAAGUCAGACCAGCCAGUGUGGAACAGGAGGGUGUGGGGGACUGGGCUUUCCCAGCCCUCUCAGCCUGACUCCAGCCCAGCACUAUCGUCUUAAGGCAAAAUAUGCAGCUGCCACUGGGGGCGCACCACCUACACCUCUUCCCUACAUGGACCAAAUGUGUCUAAAGUCUCACCCAGCCCUGUAUGAGGACUCCCAGCAACCCUCCAUCAACAAAGCUUUGCCUUUCAGACAGUACAGCAGCUAUGCCACGCGAAGUUUGAUGCCCCACGAGGUCCCGUCUAACAUCCCCCGCCGAGCCAGUGACCCUGUGAGACAGGUUGCCACAGAUUCUCUAAACCAACCACAGAUGCAGCGCUACAACAGCAUGGGCACGCUGAGUGGAGGGGUGACAAUGCAGCCCCGUCCAUCUCCUGCAGCAGAUCACCGGCGUUCAUCUCAGCAAGGUUGCCUUCGAUCAGAUGGUAGUCUCCACCGCUACCCUUAUAGCCUGUGGCCACUAAGCAUUUCAGAGAAUGCUACUAUGGAGACAAGUCAGAUCCUUGACAAAGGAGAUAAAACCAAUGAAGAUUUCCAAGAAAACCCAGCUCUCCAGCAGCAUCAGUUCUGCCAGAGAAGGAUAGCUGUUGUGAAUCUACCCUCACAGGCUUUACCCACUUUGAGCAAGACUCCAGGACAGCAACAACAGAUGUGUCCAUCAUCACCGUCCAACAUCCCAGCUUCUUCUGGACUCAUGGACGCCCUCCAGUACUACUCCAGACUACAGGUCAGAGGGCACCUGGCUGUCCUCCAACAAAACCAGAACAUUGAAUCAUUUAGCCACCAUUUCAGCUCCAACCAGCAGAUGAAUCAUAACCUCGUAAUGCAGCAGAGUCGCAUUCAGCUGAACUCUGACCCUGGAGCAAACUGCCUUCAGCAACAGGGAUUCCAGCAGCCAUCAAAUCUCAAUGAAGCCUUGGUGAAGGAAGGCAGGGACAGGAAUGGUAACACCACCUAUCCACCUUGUGUUAAUACUGUCAGUGGGAGCAAUUGCAAACAGGAACCAGGGGAUAUGGAAACCUUCAACUUGCACUUUGCCAGUGCUGGAUUUCAGCCUGUGCAGGUAAAGAUUGAGGACUGUGACCCAUCAGUGUGUAAAAUGAACUCCCAGAAUUCCUCACAAGUUGGAAAUCAGAACCAUUUUCAACCAAGGCCACCGACCGAACCGAGAUCUCUGAACAGGCACCCUUCACGCCCAAAAGUGACACAGCAAAUGACACAGCCUGCUAACGUUAACCCCGAAUUAUCCACUGCUGGUUUAGGACUUCACUGCAGCGAUAACGCUAAUGACAAUGCCUUGUACUACACAGGACAGAUUCAAGUAUAUGAGUCCAAUGGGAACUUGAGCUGUAAUAUGGUGGCACCUCUCGCUGGAACUGUCAAUCAGGCACCAAGGACCGUUGACUGUACCGCAACACUUGAGCAGGCACAGAUAGACUUUGACACCAUGCUGGAUGAUGGGGAUCACUCCAGCCUCAUGUCGGGAACGCUGAGUCCAGGUCUGCUCCAGAGUUUGUCCCAGAGCUCCUCUCGCCUCACCACGCCCAGGAACUCAGUCACAUUGCCCUCGGUGCCUGCGGGAACAGGGAACAUGGCCAUCGGGGACAUGAGCUCACUGCUGAGUGCUCUGGCAGAGGAGAGCAAGUUCCUCAACUUGAUGUCUUAGCCACAAACUGUUCACAGACGUUUUGAACCGCUGAUGCACAAUAACCCUUCAACCCUGGAGUUGGAAUUGAUGAGAUUGUGAGCUGAAAGCCUCUGCAGUCUGUCUGUUGAUUCUUUGUACAGUCUUGUUUAUUAAUUAUUUAAAAUGGCAGUUUUCUAUCUUUUCAAAAAGCCAUAUCAUUUUUGGGUUUUUUUGCCUUAGAUAGCAAAUAUGAUGAGACAAGAGAGUUUGUUCAGUUGUUGUACAGGUCUGCAGUAAGAUCAGUUUACUAAGUGCCUGACUCAGAUACAACAAACAUAUGUUGUGCAUAUUAUUGUAUUUAAAAACAUGCAACUGCAACC